UAAUCCCGAACAAUACUACAAAGAGGCAAGAGAAUGGAGCGACGUAGGAAGAAACGGGACACCUGCUGAUAUUGCCAACUUGGUAUCAUAUCUCGCAUCUAAGGAGGCUAGUUUCAUUACAGAUCCUAACUCCCCCCUACUAGGUGUCUAUCAACGGAGGCAUUUUCUGCGACUAGGGAAACGGUCCUUACUAAAAGUUGACCUUGUACAAUAAUUGCGAUGAAGCGCAAGAUCUAACCAAUGAUCAAAUUUUCGGUUCCGAGACCUUGCUUCGUACGUUACUGUGAUCAAGCGAACAUGUGCUGCUACCCUAGUGAGCAAAAGGAAGUAUUCCUUAACCAUGCACGGAUGGUUAUUGCUAGGCUACGUGACUUUUCCGGAGAUUGUCCUGGACGGCGCUUUACAUGUGGGCUAAAAAUGCAACGCCCCUCGAGGGCCGCCCUUCUUGUGGCGCUUCUCUCCCAUGGUGUCAUGGCCACCGCGUUACCUCCGUCUGAAUUGGCUCGUUUCACAAAGGCACUGAGUCCUCCCUUGUGAUUUUAGUUCUUCGAGAAUAGAUGAGUUGGAAACUCGGCUUCCCCUUUCCCCAUGGCAGUCGCCCUAGUCACUUGCUCUACUCAAGGCGUUGGCCGUGCAAUCGCUCUGAGACUCGCUGAUGACGGAUUCGAUGUCGCUGUGAAUGACUUGACUUCGAGAGCUACCGUCCUCGAGGCACUCGUUUGUGAGAUAACUCUGAAGGGACGAAGGAGUUGUGCAGUUCUCGGGGACGCAUCAUCUGAGGCUGAUGUGCAAAAGAUGAUUUCCUCCACCGUAGAGGAGCUGGGUUCCUUGGAUGUC